UAUAUAUAUGUACACACACAUCCAGUCCUACCUUGGAUUCUAGGGUUCGGUGACUCUGAAUUCUAGGGUUUAGUUUUCAUUUCGAACGCGGUGAUGAUGGACAACGACAAUGGCGAGACUGAGCAACAGGCGACGAGGACGAAGCACAAGGGAAAGCAUGACAAGCCAAAGCCGUGGGACGAUGACCCCAACAUCGACCACUGGAAGAUCGACAAGUUCGACCCUUCAUGGAACGACGGAGGCAUGCUCGAAGUCAGCUCCUUCUCUACUCUGUUCCCCCAAUACAGAGAAAAAUACUUGCAAGAAGCUUGGCCUAUUGUGAAAAGUGCAUUGAAAGAGCAUGGAAUUUCUUGUGAGCUGAAUUUGGUUGAGGGAUCCAUGACUGUUUCAACAACCAGAAAGACAAGGGAUCCGUAUGUUAUAAUGAAAGCUAGGGAUCUCAUUAAACUUCUGUCGAGAAGUGUCCCUGCACCCCAGGCAGUCAAGAUAUUGAAUGAUGAAAUGCAAUGUGAUAUCAUCAAGGUUGGCAAUUUGGUCCGCAAUAAGGAACGUUUUGUCAAACGAAGACAACAACUUGUGGGCGCCAAUUCUGCCACUUUGAAGGCACUGGAGAUUUUGACCGGUUGCUAUAUCCUUGUUCAGGGAAACACAGUUGCUGCUAUGGGUUCGUUCAAAGGUUUAAAACAGGUGAGGAGGAUUGUGGAGGACUGCAUACUGAAUAAAAUGCAUCCUGUAUUCAGCGUCAAGAUCCUCUUGCUCAAGAGACAACUUGCCAAAAAUCCAGCACUUGCAAACGAGAACUGGGAUAGGUUUCUUCCUCAGUUUAAGAAGAAAAAUGUCAAGCAAAAGAAAGUUAAGAGUAAAGAGAAGAAACGAUAUACACCCUUCCCUCCUCCACAGCAACCUAGUAAGAUUGACCUAGAACUGGAAAGUGGCGAAUACUUCUUAAGUGACAAAAAGAAGCAAGCAAAGAAGUGGCAAGAAAAGCAGCAGAAACAGGCAGAGAAAGCAGCUGAAAACAAAAGAAAGAGGGAAGAAGCAUUUGUUCCUCCUAAGGAACCUGUAAGCCGGGAUUCCGGUGUAUCUGACAACGGCAAGAAUUACGUAGCUGCCAUGGCCACGUCUGUAAAGGAAAAGGCAAAGAAGUUGAGCAUACAAAAAUCUGGUGAGAAUAUCGAUGCUGAAACAUAUAUUGCCGGUUCUCGAGAAUCACCUUCAAAAAAGAAAUCCAGGGUUGACGGGCUACUUUAAGUGACAUGGCAUGAGAAAGUAGGGUUUCAAUGUUAUUUUCUUAGUAGGCUAAUAGGAUCUUUCUAAAGUUGAUCCGCUUUUAUUUUUUAUUUUUGAAUACUUUUAACUUACAGAUGGAGUAAUUAGAAUUUUUGUUGUGUGCAACUCUUGGCAAUUAAUUCUAGCACUUGAAAAGAUAAAAAGAAUGCAUUUGCUUCA